CGCCCCGCGGCGGCAGGUGGCGGCGGGCCCCGCGGCGCGGUGCGGCACUGCAGGCGGCGGCGGCAGGAGCAGCAGAUAUAAGCAAUUGAGGACAACUGUUCUUGCUGUAAGAAGAUGGAAAACAACAUAACUACGAUCUCUCGUGAAGAGCUUGAAGAACUAAGAGAAGCAUUCGGUAAAAUAGAUAUUGAUAACAGCGGAUAUGUUAGUGAUUACGAGCUUCAAGACCUGUUUAGAGAAGCAAGCCUUCCCUUGCCUGGUUACAAAGUCCGGGAGAUUGCAGAAAAAAUUAUUGCAGUAACAGAUAGCAACAAGGAUGGGAAAAUCAACUUUGAAGAAUUUGUCUCUAUUAUUCAGGAAUUGAAAAGUAAAGAUGUUAGCAAAUCUUUCCGAAAAACAAUAAACAAAAAGCAGGGUAUUACAGCAAUUGGAGGAACAUCCUCAAUAUCUAGUGAGGGGACACAGCACUCUUAUUCAGAGGAAGAAAAAGUUGCUUUUGUUAAUUGGAUAAAUAAAGCUCUACAAGAUGACCCAGACUGUAAGCACCUCCUCCCCAUGGACCCAUCAGAUGCUAGUCUUUUUAAAUCCCUUGCAGAUGGCAUUCUCCUUUGCAAAAUGAUUAACUUUUCACAACCAGAUACCAUUGAUGAAAGGGCUAUUAAUAAGAAGAAACUCACUCCUUUCACUAUUUCUGAAAACCUAAACCUGGCCCUGAACUCAGCAUCUGCUAUUGGCUGCACAGUUGUCAAUAUUGGAUCACAAGAUCUGCAGGAAGGAAAACCACACUUAGUAUUAGGACUCCUAUGGCAGAUCAUUAAAGUUGGUCUUUUUGCUGAUAUUGAGAUCUCCAGAAAUGAAGCUCUCAUUGCUUUACUAAACGAAGGGGAAGAACUAGAUCAGUUACUGAAGCUUUCUCCAGAAGAACUCUUGCUACGCUGGGUAAAUUAUCAUCUGGCCAAUGCAGGGUGGCAGAAAAUCAGUAACUUCAGCCAAGACAUUAAGGAUUCAAGAGCAUACUACCAUCUGUUAAAUCAGAUUGCACCCAAAGGAGAUGGCUUUGAAGAAGUUCCCAUUAAAAUUGACUUUUCAGGGUUUCAUGAAAAAAGUGACUUGAAGAGGGCUGAAUACAUGCUCCAACAGGCAGAAAAAUUGGGCUGCAGGCAGUUUGUCACUCCAGCUGAUGUGGUUGCAGGCAACCCUAAACUCAAUAUGGCUUUUGUUGCAAAUCUCUUUAACACAUAUCCAGCUCUACACAAGCCUGACAAUUCAGCAUAUGACCUCAAUUUAUUAGAAGGAGAAAGUAAGGAAGAAAGGACAUUUAGGAACUGGAUGAAUUCACUGGGUGUAAGCCCAUAUGUUAACCACUUAUACAGUGACCUCUCUGAUGCUUUAAUAAUCUUCCAAUUGUAUGACAUGACUCGCGUGCUGGUUGAUUGGAACCACGUCAACAAACCUCCUUACCCUUUACUAGGUGGUAAUAUGAAAAAGAUUGAGAAUUGUAAUUAUGCAGUAGAACUUGGGAAGACAAAAGCCAAAUUCUCCCUGGUUGGUAUUGCUGGACAUGAUCUAAAUGAGGGUAAUCGAACGCUGACUUUGGCUUUGGUAUGGCAACUGAUGAGAAGGUAUACUUUAAAUGUAUUAUCAGACCUUGGAGAGGGGGAAAAAGUAAAUGAUGAAAUUAUUAUUAAAUGGGUGAAUCAGACACUUACAAAUGCAAAUAAGAAAACUUCAAUUACCAGUUUCAAGGACAAAUCAAUUAGCACUAGUUUACCUGUCCUAGAUUUAAUAGAUGCAAUUGCACCAAAAGCAGUUCGCCCGGAAAUGGUCAAAAGAGAAAACCUUUCUGAUGAAGAUAAAUUGAAUAAUGCUAAGUAUGCAAUUUCAGUUGCUCGAAAAAUUGGUGCUCGUAUAUAUGCUCUCCCAGAUGAUCUGGUUGAAGUGAAGCCCAAAAUGGUGAUGACAGUGUUUGCAUGUUUGAUGGGAAGAGGACUAAACAAAAUAAAAUAAUGAAGAAAGUGCACAUAAUAUUCUGCCAUGUUAAGCACAAUGAAUGCCUCACAGUUUACAGAAUUCUGAAGCUUAGUCAGUAUAAAACCAGAGAAAAUUUGUAUGCACAAAUACACUCUGUAAUUAUAUUUUAAUAAUGUGUUUAUAUUAGAUUUCUUUCAAUUUCAGAACACUGAUUAUUUAUGGGUAAUACUGUUUUUAGAACAUGUUCAAUACCAAACUAAGAUCACAAAAUUGUAUUGCUUUUAAAAAAAUAAAUCAACCAUGUCAACUAAGCUUCAUUCAUAUUAUUUUUCCAUAACAUGUAAGAAUCUGCAUCAUUUUACAUAUAUUAUCUCAGGACCUAUUACAAAACAUUGUUUGAUUUUUGUGGGUGUAAUUUACAUGUAGUCAUACCUGUGUAAAGGUGCAUUCCAAUACUAUCUAUCAUAUUACUCUAAACCACAUAAAAGUUAGCAUCCUUGCCUUACUCUGUGAGGGCUUAAUUCCUGUUGAAGUCAAUGAGAGUCUUGCUACUGACUUUAACAAAAGCAAGUGAAUGCUGGAUAACAUCUGAAAACUAUAAUGACAAGCUCGUAUAGUAAUAAAGUUGAUGAAACAUUUUUUGGGGAACAAACUUUAAAUAUGUAGUAGUAAUUUGUUCUGUGACUAAGCAGGAACUUUUAUGGUCUGUGUCUUAAGAAAAAACAGGAAAUAGCAGAAAAGUAAUUGUGUAUUAUUAGAUCUGCGUAUACAUUACUUUUUACAAGUGGACUAAACUUUUUUUUUUUAAUAAAAUACUGUAUAAGAAAACAAUAAAGAGCUGGCUCGUCCAGUUGUGGGGAUGCAGAUAUAUUUC